CCAGCGGAACGCUGCGGGCGUGGCAUCAACUUGUCACGCCGACCAUGAAACUCGGCCCCGAGCGCAGCGUCCGCCGGCCGCGUAACUUCACCCAACACGAUCGUGACAUUUAAAUUGCAACAAACGUCGAAAUGUUUUACGUGAUAGUCUUUUCCGCCUUGUUCGGCAUCGUCUUUACCUUCAUGCUCGAAGUUUUCAUCUAUUACCGCCUGGGUUUAAAGCCGGCCAAGUCUGUUGUCGUAGGCCCGAGGGAGCCUACGGUCUCGUCUAGACCCGGUGGCGGGGAGGCGAAGGGGGUCCCCGGGGCGCAGGGGCAGGGGCAAGUCACCUCUUCCCCGGACGGUCUCAGUGCCGGCGAGCCUCCGCCCGGAACGCCAGAGAGCUGUGACUUCUUGAACGUCCUCUUCCUCUUCUUGUUCCGCGAGCUCAGGGACACGGGCACUGUGCGCAGGUGGCUCAUCAAGAAGAUUCGCGUGGAAUUUGUGGAGCUGCUGCAGAGCAAGACAGUCGGCCGGCUGAUUGAAGGGCUGAGUUUGCGCGAUGUGUCACUCGGUGACACUUUGCCCGUCUUCAGCUCCGUGGUGAUGCAUGAACCAGACCCUGUUCCUGAAAAAAAUGUCCCUGAGCAAUUGGAUCUCGAGGUCGAUGUGGAAUACAGCGGGGGAUUUCACCUGGCGGUGGACGUCGACCUGGUGUUCGGCAAGUCCGCGUACCUGUUUGUGCGUGUGGCGCGUGUGGCUGGCCGCGUGCGCCUGCGCUUCAGCCACCUGCCCUUCACGCACUGGUCCUUCGCCUUUAUCCGCGAGCCCGAGCUUGAAUUCGACGUCGAGUCACGGCUGGAGGGACGGCCGUUGCCCCAGCUGACGGCCAUAAUCGAAAGGCAGCUGCGCAGUGCCAUCUGCCGCAAGCACACGCUGCCCAACUACAAAGUCAGAUCCAAGCCGUUCUUUCCUGUUCGAGUUGUUCCACGCGACAUCGACCUGUGCAUGCAGGACAGCAAGUUGAGCGAGGGUAGGCUGAGGGUGGCGCUUCUGGAAUGCAGCAGGCUGUACAUACCAGGAUCCCAGGACCGGGAAGUUGCUGUGCACUGCACAUUGGAGCUGAGUGCUGGCCAGUGGAAAGAACGAGAAAGGAGUGCCGUUCGAGAGGUUGAGAUCGUGAAGGUCGGCACAGCCCCCAUCGGCCUCAGUUUCCGCCAGACCCAGUCCACAGACGGGGAGUCAAGCCAGGUCCUCGUGGAGGCGAUAGCGGCAAACUCCCCCGCGUCCAGUGCAAACAUACGUCGCGGGGAACGGCUGGUGACAAUUGGAGGAACGAAAGUGGCAACUUCAAGCCAGGCGUCGAAACUGAUCAAGCAAGCAGGGGAGCGAGUAAUUAUCAGCUUGGAGCGGACGUUUGGAGGCGUGCAGCCGCCUCCUGGCAGCGCCUCGGGCCCUCUGCCCCACGGCAUGCAUGUGGCAGAUGGUUCUGCUAUUAUCCCAGAUGACGAUUCUUCCAAAGACACAGUCUCCCUGGGGUCCGUUGAAAGCAACGACGCGAGAGAGGGAGAUUCCGACGUGGACGAGGGUGAAUGUGGCGACGGUUUCCCCGAGAGCCUGCGCUCGAAAGAGGAACCGCCUCCGUCGCUGCUUUCUGUUCCACCGACCAAGGAUGAGACACCGCAGCCGCCCUCCACGGCCAGCCCCAGCAAGCGGCGCACAAUGGCCACCCUCGGCAGCAUCUCGCCGAUCCUUAGCCGCCGGCUGCAGCAAUCCUCGCCGCUCCGUUCUCUACACAAGGGCUAUGACGCGGCCAAAUUAGGGAGCACCACACCUGCACAGCCAGAUGGUGAGAAGGUCGCUCCGUCUGCUGCUGCUAAGCCCGGCCUAGUGAAUCAGAGCGGUCGGCCGCCCCCGAUACCGCCCAGACCGCAGCUUAGGGCCACCAGCAGUGCACCGCUUGGGAGCCUUCAGUCGCUCGCGGAAACAGGCGAUGCAAGCACGCUCAAGCCCACGGACAAGGGAGGGUCCAUGGAACAAGUGGAACAAGAGAAACUCGGCGACGCGACGGACAGCGGAGCGGUCGGCGCUAGCGGCCUGGCGUGUGCGGAGGAGUGCACGGAUGAGCUGUGUGUCACGCAGGAGAUGGUAUACCACUCCAACAGGGCCGUGUGGCCGGCUCGCGCCGCCUCGCACACCUUCGACGUUGAGAGUCAUCACCGCUCCCUGACGGUCGCUGUUUGGCGCAAGGACCCGCUCAAGCCGGACUCCCUGCGCUGCCUGGGCUAUGCCAGCGUGCCACUCAUGGAGAUAGCAGCGGAGUGCCUGGCCACCGCGUCCUAUGAGCACGAGGAGGUGUUCCCGCUGAGCGCUCCCGAACCCAGGGCCACCGCCAACCGCACCGCCAUGCGCAACGCCAACGCAAAGGAGAAGCAGAAUCUGGAGCAACCAUAUUAUGGUGACGUUCGGCUGCGGUUUGCCUACUGGGUCGACGAAGGCGGCGAUGGUUUGACAUCGUCGAGCGCAAACGUGGACGAAGACCGCGAUCUUUUCACAAGAGCCGAGGAGGUUGGCCCCGUGCCCGCCGGGGUGCGCGAUUGGGACAGCGGCCCACCCGCAGCACCUCCGCCACCAUUGCCACCACUGCCGCCAUCGUCGGGGAUGGGUGGAGCGGCGCGCCACAGCUUCUGCGACACCCAAUUCCAGAACCCCACCUACUGCGACUACUGCAAGAAGAAGGUGUGGACCAAGGCGGCGACGCAGUGCUCGCGCUGUGCCUACGUGUGCCACAAGAAGUGCCAGGAGCGCUGCUUGGAGGAGAGCGAGAGCGGGCGCUGCAUGCCGAGGGAGAGCAGGGAGGGAGCCCGCGAGGGCGGCGCCGCUGGGAGCGGCGCCGCCGCUGCCGGCAGUGGUGGCGGCGACCCACCGGCUCGCCUCUCAAACCUCAAGCAGUCGGUAGCGAUGGCACGGUCCCGUCUGACGCUGGCCGUGCCCAGGCCGCUGCGGCAGGCCGGGAGCCGGCUCCGAGCCAGUGAGGAGGUUGUCGUCGGGCCAACGCAGUCGGGGGGAACGUCGGACAACGAGAGCAGCGACAACGAGGGAGGGAGCAGCGGGAGUGCGGUGGGUCCCACUGGGCAGCCAUCCGCUUCUGCGCGUGCGAUGGAGCAGGCGUCCCUGCCGGGCCGGCUCGAGGACAGCGUGUACCUGGCCGUCAAGGAGAUCGGCCGUGAAAUCUUCCGCGGCAUGCCGGCCGAGGAGCGGAGGUCCAAACUGGAGCAGAUGCUGGACAAGCUGCAGCAGGAGGUGGAGGCCGAGCUGGAGCAGAGAAACACGCUCGAGAGGGAGGAGCGCCAGGCGUGCGCCGCCGGCUCGGAUGCGAAGAAGGUGGCGAACGUGACGCACUCGUUGCGCAAGUCCACGGAGAGGCUGCAGGCACUGACGCUGCUGUCCAUCCACUACCGCGCUGGGAUGGAGGAAGAGGAUCAGUCGGAAGUUGGCUGCGUACCGACGGGUGGCCCUUCGUCUGCACACCGGCUCCCACAACCUCCCCAGGCGGUGUCCUCCGUGUUGACCCAGCUCCCACCGGACGUGCCCUUGCACCCGGCGGAAUCGGAGCAGUUCCAUACGCUGCAGGAUCCUUCGUUAUUCCCGUCAGCGCCGCGGGACGACCUAGCGGUAAUUCAGGGAGCAGUGGCAGAGGUGUCUGGGGCGACGUGGGAGGAAGGGGAUGCGGAGGAGGCAUGUGCAGCCGCGCCGGAGGUUUGCGAAGACCCGAGUGAAACUGGGUUUGCGUUGGACGUGGAGGAAGAUGAUGAGGAAGUUGGAGCAAAGCUGCUGGCUUAAUACGAUGCAGAGUGCAAUUGAUGAAAAUAUACUAGCAACAUUGUGGAGAGACACAUUAGCAUACUUUAUAUUUAUAAUAAGACUUGACAGAUAGAGCCCGCUCUAAACAUAAAAGUUUGUCUCCUUUGUAAAUCCACUGCAGGAUGAAAGCGUUCCCACGAUGUGUUGGUCAUGGGGUUUGUUUGACCAUACCUCAACAUGCUGGUCAGUGCGGGUUACCAAGGUCGGUUCAGACAUCACUGGCCGCCACUGAUGUUAGCCGAGGCUGGGAAUCGAACUUAGAGCUCUCUGGUUUCAUAGCGCGAUGCGCUUGACCACUGCAUCAUCACUCCACCCCUCUGUCUUUGUGGCAUUUAAUAAAUUCUGACAAAUAUUUUAUACAAUUCUUCACGUUGUAUGGGCCUGCCCUGUUUAAUAAAGGAACAUUUUGGGGAAAAUGUCCAUAAAUACCAUGCCCAUUCAUUGAAUCUGUGAUGUCUUGAGAGCAUUGUGUUCCUGAUGGGUAUUGUGCAUCAGUCUGUUACUUCAAUGAAGGUCAGCAAUGGACUUUUAGGUUUAAAUAUAUGUAUUAAAAUCUGCCAGAAUAUGCAUGCUACCUGUUGGAGAUCAUUUAAAAUUGUUCUUUAAUGUGCAGCUUACGGAAAAAUAAUUUUCCUGGUAAUGUUUUGUUGCACUGUUAUGGUCGGUUUCUCAGUAUCACAGCGUUAUUGUUCAAUUUACAAUUGUGACGACUCUGCUUUUCUGCUGAUGUUGCACUUGUGUUCUGUGCGUAAAUAUAUUUUGUUGUUUGCUAGCUCAAACCUUUUCGGGAAUUGGGCUUGUAGCGGUGGAGCCUCUCCGAGACAUUGCAAUGUUAGAAUCACUCCGUCCGCCGCAGAAUGCCAAGCGAAUGUUGACAUCAACGUCACAUCCACAGUGGUCAUGCUCUUUGCAAAACAAGUGUGUUGCACAUUUUGACUUUCUUUAAUGCAACUUGUGUUUGAUUACGGCAUUAUGAUUAAAAGAGAUAUAUUUAAA